AUGGACUGCAACCCUAAUUACGAAAAUGCAACGUGGGCGUUUUACCGAUUUGUACCUUCGAAGGAAGCCAACAUUGUCUUUGUGGUUCUUUUCGCUAUAACAACGCUGUUGCAUGUGCUGCAACUUUGGCGGACUCGAACAUGGUACUUGAUACCGUUGGUUGUGGGCGGAGUCUGUGAGGUUAUCGGAUAUAUCGGACGAGUACUGAAUACGAAUGAAGAACCGGGCUGCUGGACCAUGGGCCCGUAUAUCAUGCAGAGUGUCCUGAUUCUUAUCGCGCCCGCACUGUUUGCAGCUUCGAUUUACAUGAUUCUGGGGAGAAUCAUUCUCUUGACUGAUGGAGAACAUCAUUCGUUGAUUCCACGCAAGUGGCUUACGAAGCUCUUUGUCUUUGGUGAUGUGGCAUCGUUUAUGCUCCAAUCAUCCGGUGGUGGUCUCAUGGCUGUUGAAGAUAUGAACAAAAUGGGUGAAAAGAUUAUCAUUGGAGGUCUUUUCGUUCAACUCUUCUUCUUUGGUUGCUUCAUUAUCGUCAGCGCCGUCUUCCACGUACGCAUGCUGCGUGCCCCGACACCGAACUCGUCACAAAGUCAAGUCCGAUGGCAGACAUAUCUCGCAACGCUAUACAUUACAGGCGUUCUAAUCUGGGUGCGCAGUCUAUUCAGGGUAAUUGAGUUUAUCGAGGGUAACGACGGACACUUGAUGCGCAGCGAAGUAUGGGUGUUUGUGUUUGACGGUAUGCUGAUGCUCUUGGUGCUCGUCUGGAUGAACUGGUUCCAUCCUGGUGAGAUUGGACUGUUGAUUAGAGGAGAGGAAAGCAUCACGAAUGGACUUGAGUUGAUGAAGCUUGGAGGAUCUGGGAGGAGAAGUAGAGUUGAUACUAUGGAGAGUUUAGGGUCUGGCAGUCACCUAAGGGAUGUGGAAGGGCGCUAA